UCAUUUCCGUGUUCAGUCGCUGAAUUUGGCAACCCUACUGCUGGUGCUGGAGUCCAUGCCAGGGGUUCAUGGGGGAAAUAUGGCCGCCAUAUCCCCACCGGAAUCUCCGCCACGGCAUAAAUCCCUGGCGGAGGAAGUCCAAACAUCAGGCGGCAAGACAGACGCGAUGGAACUGGAAGAAGGCACCCCCGACCAAACAGACGUAAAUACAUCGGAUCAACCACGAGAGCGUCACAGUGGCGAGCUCAGUGCUUACGACAGCGCUUCGUUGCCCAGCCAUUCUAAGGUUAUUGAAUUGGGGGAGAGAGGUGACCAAACAUUGAAUUCAUCCGAUCCAAAAAUGGCCGAGUCACCAAGAGAUGAACAGCGGCCCUUUGACAGCCCUGAAGACCAAGACGAUGGCGAAGAAGAUCACUUCCACACGGAAGAAAACAUUUCAGAGACUGCUGAAAAAGUGCUCGGAGAAACGCAAGCUCUUCCUGGUGCAGAGCAAAUUAAUGAGAAGGUUGAUCGUCCAAGCUUGGCGAAAGAACCGAGAUCCGAGGAGCCGAUUAAAGAUGUGGACUCGAUCGAGUAUGUGGUUGAAGAGAGUGAGAAAAAGCAAGGCAGCGAAUCAACGUGUAAGCCAAAAAAGAGUCGCAUGGUGUGCAAGGAUUGUGGACUAUCCUUCCCACGCCGCGAGAUGUUCUACCUGCACCGUCACAGUCAUUUACACAAGGAUGAACUGGUUCCCCUCACCUGUAAAGAAUGCGGCCUUUCCUUUAAAGACCGUCGCAGCCUCAUGAAACACAAACAUGUGCAUAAGGAGCCGGAAGAAGAGCCAACGUACGAGGAGGAAGAUGCUUUUCAGUGUGCAGCGUGCGACAAGUUUUUCCCGACAGCGCAAAAACUGAGGCUCCACCAUUGCAACGAUACCGAUGACUUGCCUUACCACUGCUCACUGUGCCGCAAAGAGUUCAAUUUAAGAUGUUCCGUCGCCAUGCACAUGAUGACCCACUCGGAACAGGGCAGCUGGAGGUGCGAGGAUUGCGGUCGAAGCUUCCUUGACUACAGGAGACUGCGCGUCCACCAGCGAUCAUGUCAUCCCAUUCUUAAAGCUUACGAAUGUCCCGAGUGCGGCAUGGCUUUCAGAUACAAUUCCGUCAUGGAAGAUCAUCGGCGCAAGCACACCGACCAACUCCGCACGUACUUGUGUACCGUAUGUGGAAAGACCUUCAAGUACAGCACUCUCCUCCAACAGCAUCAAUAUCUGCACACUGGCGAGAAACCCUUUCGCUGUCCCGAUUGUGGUAGGAAAUUUGCGUUUGCGCAAAAUAUGAGGGCGCACUGUCGCCAACAUAGACUGCACCAAGCCAAUCAUUUUCCUUCUCCUGCGCUGCCCAGCAAGCAGACGUCCGUGCCGGAAAGGACGGCACGACCGAGAGACGAACCGAAACGCACUUUUAACUGUCCCCUUUGUCCCCACAUGUGCGGCUCGCCGGCCGACCUGAGAGCCCACAUGCGUUUUCACGAGGUGGAGUAUGAGGCACAGGAGAAACGGUUGCAGGCUCCCCCAGAAAUUAAAAAGGUUUUCAACAAAGGGCAGGCCUGUCCGCACUGCCCGUGUACUUACCCUGGUGAGAUAAGUUUACGGUUACACAUCUUCAAAUCCCAUCAGAAUGUGGCGCAAGAUUGGGACAAAGUGUCCAUUUCCCCUUUAAAGGACUUUGAAGGGGAAAUCAGUGAAAAUCAGCAGGUGAAACACAAACGCGAGGACUCGAGUGUCAAGCCAUACAAGUGCCCCGAAUGCGGGAAGAUGUUUCGCCAUCGCUCGGUUCUGGAGCUGCACAUGCGCAUCCAUUCCAAGGACAAGCCUUAUCACUGCAGCGUGUGCGGCAAAGGCUUUCGAUUCAGCAGCUACUUACAGCAACAUAUUGUCAUCCACUCGGGCCAGAAGCCUCAUAAAUGUCCCGACUGCGGGAAGGAUUUUGCUUUCCUGCAGAAUAUGAGAACCCACCAGAAGCUGCAUCAAGAGAAACCCUUCCGCUGCACCAGCUGCCGCAAAGGCUACAGCGACGAAACGCAACUGCGCCGCCACAUGCUCUCGCAUAACGGCGACAAGCCUCAUAAAUGCAACCUCUGCAGCAAGAGCUUCGGCUUGGCGUAUCUUCUGCGCGACCACCUCAACACGCACACUGGAGAGCGACCCCAUCGCUGCGGCGAUUGUGGCAAAUCUUUCUCCUGGUUGAGCAGCUUGUUAGUGCACCAGAAGAUCCACACUCGCAAGCGCCAAGGUUCUGCCCCUGCUGGUGGAAGGACUAGAGGGAGAGGUAGCAGGGGAAGGAGAGGGGGGAGGCUGAUGUGGGGGAUGUCCAGAUCAUCAAGGGGUCCUUCUCUUUAUCCUGAUUCCGGGGACGGGCCAGAUUCUUCUAUGCUGGCAUCUCAAGAGUCAUUGCAAGUUACAUUGCAGAAGGAGUUUCUUUCUGAACUAGACCCACCGCCUGUCCAGUGGCAGGUGGAUGGUGACCGAGUCAUGCCGGCGCCCCCGUCCCAGCAGCCAGACCUGCAGCUCGGACCCGACGGAACGGAGAAACACGGGCACCCCGCAGCCACCACGUCCACUUCCUCGCACCAUGAUCCUCGCCGGGUGUCGUCUUUCGUGGAUGGUGCGGCCUUAUGGAGCAUCCAACCUCCUCUGCUGAGUUCUCCAAACAAGGUCGCUCAAGAACUCCAGUCGCCAAAAUGGUCCAGUACCCCUGCUUCCAAACAGGAGACAAUCACGCUCCCCAUAAAAGAGGACGUGUGGGAUCCUCAAGCAAUAACGUUGACUGUUAGCCAACCUCAGCAGCCCAGGACGGAAAGCGAGUCACAAAAACAGAUGUCUUCCGGUGUAGCUGGUGCGACGUCCUCAGACCAAAGCGUCCCCCUUCCGGUAUCCACCGCUGUCGCUCAUGGGGUCGGUAGCACUUUGUGGACCAUUCAAGCCCCGCUGGGGUUGUCAAACAAAAUGGCCUCCCCUCAGAAACUUGCGAACAAUCAAGAAUUCCAGCAGAAGCAGAUGCCGGCCGCUUGGGCCAAUGUACAGAAUCAGAACGCAACCCAGAAACUUCCCAUCCCCAUUAAUCCCUUUGCCCAAACCAUUGGCACUACAGUGUGGGGCUUCCAAAAUAAUCCCAUGGGUGCUCAGUUGCUUCUCACCGGGCAGCUCAAGCCGGGGAGCAUACAGGACCUGCAGCAGCAACCCAUCGUCACGGCCAAUCAGAUCAUCCUAAACCAGCCGUCGCCUUUUUUCUCCCCGGCGCUCACCACGCUCCCUGCCCUGGCUUUGCCCGCUACUCACUCCCUUCACACCGUCUCGGUCGGGCCGCUGUCCAGACCGCCGCUCCCGAACAUUUUUUUCACCCCGCAGGCAGUGUUGACCGAGAGGCCCCCCGUGCCGCAAACUCCGGCCCUACCUCAGCUCGCCACGCAGAGCGAAGCUCACAAACUGGGAGCUCGUUUGCCUUUUGCCCAAGAGCGGCUUUUGCAGUGCAUGAUAUGCGGCAGCUCGUUCCCACGGGAGCUGGAUCUUCAGUUGCAUUACUUGCAACAUGCACAAGGAGAAGUUUGACAUUGUACCUAGUAGCAUACAAAGCUUGAUUUAUGGAUUUGUUACGUUUUCUAUUCUGUUGGACUUCAUUUCUCUUAUGCUCACUAGGGCAUUUUGACAAGCUGACUUGGAUGAGCAUUAGAAGCCAAAAUAAACUUUAGUUAGGCUGCACAUUUUUCAAGUUGUACUGAUUUAAUCUAAAUAAGACUGUUGAUGCUGUUGUGGUUAGAAGCAGUAGUUGUUUCACUCUUAAAAAUGCUUUUUUUUUUUUAAUAUGUGCGGACCAACUGACCAUUUUGUUUACUGUCAACAUUUAAAAUGUUUUUAUUUUGGUCCCAUUUGAAACGUUUCAUGUACAGUAUACGGUGUGCCUUUUAUGAGUACAGUGUUAUAGGACUAGUUUGCAAGUAAAAUAGACAGAAUUGCCGUCUGUCUACAUUGAAAUACUGUUUAUGGACAUACUGGAUGAGUAUGGUCCAUAUAAAAAAUAUGCACACCCCUUUUGAAAUGCUAGGUUUUUGUGAUUU